UCCUGUUUUACCGGAAAUCAACACAUAUUUUUAUCCCUCGCUUGUAGGAAAAGCACGUAGCAAUGGAAGUGGCCCAACACCGCUAAGUUACCGUCAGUGUUCGUUAUUUGAGAUGCUGCUCAACCGACUUUGAUAUUAAUUAACUAGGAUAACUAUGAAUAGUGAACUAGCACGCUAACAGGAUUUUUUGGGGUCCAAAGCCAAAACUAACAUUACAGCAUAAUAACGGUCAGACGGUCCAGUUAACUUCAGCUGACGUCAACAGGCUCGUGAGACAGAGCAAAGCCAUGUCAGCACUCCGUUCUGGACUGGUGUAUUGUUGCCCUCCCAGGAGAAAGGAGUGAAUGCAAUUGCCUCUAUACCUUGUCUCUUUUUGAACAAAAAAAAAAAAACAACAACAUUUCCCCCACUGCAUGACACAGUGAGGCCUGUCAAAGAGCUGCCCCAUCUGACACUCCAUCACAUCUACUGAUCCACUGAUCUGCCAGCAUGGCUAACACAGACUCUGUCAAAGUCCGGGUCCUCUCUCUGAACUGCUGGGGGAUCCGCUAUCUUAGCAAACACUGUCCUCAGCGCUAUGCCAUGAUCGGAGAUAUGUUGUGCAGGGAAGAGCAUGAUAUUGUCUUACUGCAAGAGGUGUGGAGUGAAAAAGACUAUCUAUCCUUGAAAAGGAAACUUGCCUGUAGUCAUCCUUACUCUCAUUACUUCAAAAGUGGAGUCAUCGGCAGUGGACUGGCCAUUUUCUCCAAACACAGAAUCCACGAUACAUUUCUUUUUCGCUACUCACUGAAUGGUUAUCCUUACAUGGCUCACCAUGGAGACUGGUUUGGAGGUAAAGCUGUUGGGAUGGCCAUCCUAAACAUUGGCAGCCUGAUUGCAAACGUCUAUGUUACUCAUCUGCAUGCAGAGUACUGCAGAGACAAGGACUUGUAUCUACCUCACAGAGUGGUUCAGGCCUGGGAGCUGCAGCAGUUCAUUCGCCACACCUCUGCUGGAGCAGAUGUGGUGAUUUUAGGUGGUGAUCUCAACAUGCACCCCGAGGACCUCGGCAACAGACUACUGAGGUCUUACACUGGACUCCGAGACUCUUAUGUAGAGACCGCUAAAUUUGAUGGAUGUGAGGAUGGUAUGACUCUCAUAGCUGACAACCCUUUUAUCAAUAAAAAGGAGCUUCUUCCUUUUGAGAAGGGAAUUCGAAUCGACUACAUCCUGUUCAAGGGUUCUUCCAAAACAGACAUUUAUUGUGAUUUCAUGUCCACCACCAACGGCUCCGUCCCUGACCAUCCAUUCCCGUACUCCGACCAUGAGGCUCUGACUGCUGGGCUUAGGCUGGAGACACACACUUCAACUGAGACCGGACGUGACAGGCAAUCAAAGAAUAAGGACUCUGCUGCAGGGAAGCUGGCUGAGUUGGUCGACAUUGUGACAGAGGCCCGCACUGAAGUCAAAGUGGGCUUGCACUGUGCCGAGAGCAUGCGCUACACAGCCAAACGCACCGGGGUGAUGGGGUUGGCUCUGCUGUUUCUGGAGCUGGCCAUCGCCACCGUGCCCUGGUUGGCCCUGGGAGCAGAACAACCUUUCCCUCGUACCUCCUUCUACCUGCUGGCUGCAUUGUGCUUCGCCAUCCUGCUGACCACCUUUCUGCUGUACAUCUUCUAUACCAUAGAGCUGAAAUCUCUUCAGGGGGCUGAAGACCAGAUGAGGCUGGCUGUAGGAAGUCUGCAAGAGAAGCUCCGGGGCUUUCCUUUGGCUCAGCCCCACAACGCCCAGCGGAGGCCCCCAAAGGUCCAUGAGCCCAGUGCUUUUGACCCAGAGGAAUAAUACAGAAGCCAAAGUGGGCUCUCUGAAAGUAGCCUUUGAAGUGGGCUUUAAGAUGGAUGUUUGAGGAAGUCCUUCAUCCUCUGAAUGUGUUUUAUGCUCUUGAGAUUAAGAUUUGUACUGUACAGUGAAGGAGCUUUUGAAGGAUGUUUCUGAAAGUAGUGCAGGACACAUGCUUUGACCUUUUUUUAAUACUUUUUAUAUAAUUGUCUUUAGCCUUUUUUAACCCUAGAUUUCCCUCAAUGCACCUCAACACGCUUCCUGUUGCAUAGUAUAGUACUUCUAUGCUACUGCUGUUCUUAAAGGUCAUAAAUGUGACCAUUUGUGUCUCUAGCCUCAGGUCCGACUUGCAUUCCACCCACCAGAAGUUUCAGCGGGACCAGUUGUUUCUGUUUUUAAUUUCAUGCUUCCCUUUUGUGAUUUGGAGAGUCCACCACACAAUUGUAGUGGGUCCAGACUUUGUGCUGAUUUACUUGCAGAAAGAAGCACUGCACGGAAGACACAGACACUGCGAAUGUUGACGGUUUACAUUUUGGUCAGUAAUAUUUGUUCCCUGCAGGACAGAUUGUUGGGAGCUUCCAGGGGCACUUAAAAACAAGGAUCCUCAUGCACCAGUUAAGACUUUUCAGUCUAGUAUUCUGUAGGAAAAGGGACAAACUUGAGCUGCAUGUCUCAUGUUUACUGUCUUGCACCGGAAAGUAUCUUUAUGUUAGAGACAAUCUGCACUCCUCUUUUCCAAAGUAUAAAUGUGAAUAAAAUAAUUUAAAAAACAUCAUGUAGUGUAGAAAAUUACAAAUGCUUAAUAUAUCAUAUCAUGUAUUGUAAGUGUGCAGUACACUUAGUUGUCUAACCAGAUAAACCACUUCGCUUUUAUGUAAGAAAGUAAAUUACUUAAUGAUUCACGUUACUGUAAGACAGUGUAUGACUCAGCAAAAGCCUAACAAAGACUAAUUAUUUUUAAACUUUAUUAUUUCACCUCAGUGUUGGAAAAUCACUUGGUAGUUCUUAAUUUCAUAAAGGUUGUAGAAUUUAAAACAAUACCUGAUGUUCAUUUCAACUUAAAAUUGUGAUGGGUAUGAUUAUGAAAGCAAUAAUAAAGAAUUUAUUCUCACG